UAAAGUGGCAAUAAAAGCUGAUCACUAUAUGUGGCAGCCUUACAACUGCUGCUGCAGCCCUGUUAAUGCAAUGCCCAUUACUAUUUGCUUUUGUCAAGCGUCUGCCAUUAUGUGUUGAUUUUUAAGGCGUGUGUUCAGCAGAAUAACUGCAUGUAAGCCUCUAAAGAAUCCUGUUUAGUCAACUAAAACCGUUUUUGUACUGUAAAUUGUGGUGUCCGUUUUAUGUAGUUCUUUAUUUUAUUUUUUAUUUUUUUGAGUGAAAUAUUGUGUUAAUGUGACACGUUUGCCUUCCCGUAGCUGUGAUGUAUUUCAUUCUCUAAGUGGAUGAUUUCUUUGUGUAUUCCAAGCAGCUGUAAAACUGAUUAGAGUGCAAGUCUAUUUUGCCGUCACCCUUUGACAGUUUACUACCCAGGCUUUGGAUCAGGACCAACAAAUCUGCCGCAUUCUCUACAACUUCAUAAGACUGAAACUUUUACCUCUCUCUUGGUUCGCAGCCCCAAACAUGUAAAACAAGCUGGCAGCAGUAGUGAUAUAAUCUUUCCAUGCUGGAUCGUUUACAAAUUUCCGUGACAACUGGAGGGUCUGACACAUCUUUGGGUCUCCCAGCUCUGUGGCUUUGGCAUGGUGGAUCAGUGCGGAUUAGGAUCUUACAGGUUCAGGUUGUCAGCCAACAUUUUCUAAACCUGUACUUGAAGUGUUACCUUUCAAAAUGCCGAUCAGAACCUCCAAAAGCAUUAACGAUGACUGUGAUGUCAGUGAUGACCAGAGGUGUGACCAAGUCACUGCUUUGCAAGUCACAAUGUCUCCUCCUUUAGAGUCCGAGGGGGACCAGUUCACCGGCGUUUACGGAUCCAGGGAUUCGAUCUUCAGAGCUGGUCCAAAGAGGGACUGGAAAAGACUCAGAGCUGGGCCGAUAAAACGCUCUGACAGCUGCUGCAGCUGGGAUCAAGGCCACAUCAGAGCCGAGGUUGGUCCAGAGAAGCAGCAGGCUGCGUUUGGACUGGGCGGAGGAGCAGCCAUGCGCUGCUCGACUCUUCUCGCUAUCUUCACGGGGGUGCUUCUCUACCUGGUGCUUGGAGCCGUGGUGUUUCGUGCCUUGGAGACGCCGUUUGAGGAAGACGAGCACACAAACCUGCUGAAAACGCUGAAUAUUAAAUCUUUGGACUUCCAGUUCAACAACUCCUGUGUCGACUUUGAGGAUUUGCAGAAGUUUCUUCAGGGUGUGGCAGAUGAUCUGGGUGCAGAUAUAGAUGUCGGAGGAAACCAAACCUUUUCCACUAAGUGGGAUAUAGCCAGUGCCUUGUUUUUCUCAGGAACAAUCAUCACAACCAUCGGAUAUGGAAACAUCUCCCCUAAGUCGGAUGGAGGGAAGUUGUUCUGUAUCUUUUAUGCCCUUGUGGGAAUUCCAAUGUUCGGCAUCCUGCUCGCCGGAGUUGGAGACCAUCUGGGUACCGCACUCAGGAAAACUGUCGCCAAAAUCGAGAAUCUCUUUCUGAAGUGGCGUGUCAGUCCCACCAUUGUGCGUGUGAUCUCAGCCGUCCUGUCCAUCCUGCUGGGUUGCUUGCUCUUUGUGGCGGUGCCAACCCUGAUUUUUCAAAAAGUGGAGGAUUGGACUCUUCUAGAGUCCGCCUACUUUGUGGUCAUCACAUUAACUACUGUUGGCUUUGGUGACUAUGUUGCAGGGGACAGAUCACACGUUGAAUAUGGCGAAGCUCACAAGGACGACCAGUUGGGUUACCUCUGGAGAGUCCACAUGUACAAGCCUUUGGUGUGGUUCUGGAUCUUACUGGGUCUCGCCUACUUCGCAUCUAUCUUGACAAUGAUUGGAAACUGGCUCCGGGUUUUGUCAAAGAAGACCAGAGCUGAGAUGGAAGAGCUGCGAGCUCAUGCCACUGACUGGACCCAGAACAUCCAGAAUAUGUCUGUGGACUUUCGCAUCCCAGGAAAAAUGGAUGACCCCUUCAGACGUCGCAGGAGAAAGCGCCGCCACGGCCAUCGUAGCAAAGGUCACAGUGUGUCAGCCAAUGGGGCCCCUGAGGGCGAAGGAGCAGAGGAUCAGCGGGAGAGUGGAUCAGAGUCUGGAACAUACUCCUCCGAUUCUUCUUCUGAAUCAGAAUCUGAGUCAGAAAAAGAUUCUCAGGCCACUCAGACCGAUCGAGUUCCUGAGGAGAAAAAUGGAGAGCCCAGAAAGGAGGAGAUUCCUCCACUUACCCACCUGUCACAGCCUCUGGACUACUUCGGGGAAAACCUUGCCUUCAUCGAUGAGUCCUCAGAUGCUCAGAGUGGUAAACUACAUUUGGAUCCUCUGGUUGAUCCGAAACAGCCCAUGUCUCGCCAGGGAAAGAGGAGACGCCACAGACGUCAUGUUCGUCGGAGGAGCUUGAAAACUGAUGGCUCCAACAUCAACAAACAGCAUCCUAAUGGAAAUGCUAAACCUGUUCUAGAUCUUCCACCCAAGCUUCAAGAAUGACACUUUUAGGGACUAUCAGUGAGAGACAGCAACUGUUGACAUUAGCAGCCUUAUCUCUGUGUACGUGCUAAGUUAAGAUGUAAUCAACGAAGCUGAAGCCUUAUAGCCUUUGUGUGGUUUGCUGUUUAAUUUCCCUCAGCAUGUGCGAAUGCCUCAGUCCAAAAUGAUGAAAUGAUUUUUGAUGCCAGUGCUCCCAUUGCCUUGUGAGGAGCCACUGCCCUCUCCUGGUUUAAAACUGUAUGACAGGAUCACUGUGUCAUAAUUGUCCACCAUUUACUAAAUCUGACAGUUCUUGAAUGCUGCCAACAGUUAAACGGGUACUGAAAUGCUCUCAGUAGGUUUUGUAACAGUUUUGUAAUUCAAUAAAUUACAGUGUAUGACAGCGAUGUUUGCAUUUUGAUUGCCAGAUUCCCUAAUUGUACUUUAUGCAUAAGUAAUAAAGAGUUUUUUAAUG